UAGUUCCAAGUUCCAUUGUGGAUCACAGCAGGUGAUGUUUUUUACAAAAGAAAAACACCCAAAUUCACUGUACUUCCACCACGUUGCCCCGCAAAUCCCAACUGUCCGAAAUUCCUUCGCCCAUCAGACUUCCAUUCAAAAAGAAAUAAUAAAAAAUUCGCCUUUCGGCAUAAUCAAGAAAGUGAAGAAAUUAAAGAGGGAAGUCACUUCCUUGUUCGAGACUUUGAGGAAUGUUCAACCAACAAUCUUCAGAUCUACUCCAACUGUAAGUGCAGAGAUUCUAGCGAGGGGUGGGUUGAGUUAGGAUGGAUGAGAAGCUGAUACAGCGGUUGGAGUCGGCGGUGGCUCGGCUGGAAACGCUGUCGUCCGGUGGGUUUGGCCCGGGAGCUUCCCGCGACGUUGACGUUUCCGCGGCGGCAUCGGAUCCAUCGAUCAUUGCUUUCGAGGAUCUGAUUUCGCAGUGCGUUGGGAGGCUUGAAAGUGCCGCUGAGAAAAUUGGAGGAAAAGUUUUGGAUGUCACCAAGGUUGUCAAGGAUGCAUUCUCUGCCCAGAAGGAGCUUCUCAUCAGAAUAAAACAAACCCAGAAACCUGACAUGAAGGGUCUUGGUGAGUUCAUGAAACCUUUGAAUGAAGUAAUUGUGAAGGCAACGUCAAUGACAGAAGGACGGAGAUCUGAUUUCUUCAACCACUUGAAGGCUGCUUCUGAUAGUUUAUCGGCACUAGCAUGGAUUGCCUACACAGGAAAAGAUUGUGGCAUGAGCAUGCCCACAGCCCAUGUAGAAGAAAGCUGGCAGAUGGCUGAGUUUUACAAUAAUAAGAUUCUUGUGGAGUAUAGAAACAAAGACCCAAAUCAUGCUGAGUGGGCAAAAGCUUUGAAGGAGCUUUACUUGCCUGGAUUAAGAGAAUAUGUUAAAAGUCACUAUCCCUUGGGCCCUGUUUGGUGCGCAAGUGGGAAGACUUUUGUAUCUCCUCCAACAAAAGCUCCUGCACCUCCUGCUCCUCCCUCAGCCUCACUUUUCAACUCAGAAUCUUCUAAGCCUUCAUCACAUCCAAAGCAAGGAAUGGCUGCCGUUUUUGAAGAAAUAAGUUCAGGGAAGCAAGUAACAUCAGGUUUGAGAAAGGUCACAGAUGAUAUGAAAACAAAGAACAGAGCAGAGAGAACUGGCGUUGUUGGAGGAGCUGGUGAAAAGGAACGUCGUGUUAACUCACCCUCAUUUUCUAAAACAGGACCUCCAAAACUAGAACUCCAAAUGGGCCGAAAAUGGGUAGUGGAGAAUCAAAUUGGGAAGAAAGAUUUAGUCAUUGAUGACUGUGAUGCAAAGCAGUCUGUAUAUAUCUUUGGUUGUAAAGAUUCUGUUUUGCAGAUCCAGGGAAAAGUGAACAACAUUACCAUUGAUAAAUGCACCAAGACAGGAGUUGUAUUCUCGGAUGUUGUGGCAGCUUUUGAGAUUGUUAAUUGCAAUGGCGUAGAGGUGCAAUGCCAGGGUGUAGCCCCAACAAUUUCAGUGGAUAAUACAGCAGGUUGCCAGUUAUACCUGAGCAAGGAUUCUUUGGAAGCUUCUAUCACAACAGCCAAGUGCAGCGAGAUCAACAUUAUGGUUCCUAGUGCUGGACCUGAUUCUGAUUGGGAUGAGCAUGCUUUACCUCACCAGUAUGUCCAUGUUUACAAGGAUGGCCAGUUUAUAACCUCUCCAGCCACCCACUCUGGAGGUUAACAUGUUAAAUGGUGACAGUCCACUCAUUCGAUAUCUUAAGCUUUUCAUUUAUUUUAAAACUACAUUUUUGUUCCAAGUCCAAUUCUUUUAUCUUGCUGGGCGGUUUGUUAUUUACUAGCAUUAUUUAUGAAAAAAAGAGUUACUUGUGCCACUAAUAUUAUUUGUACGAAAAUGACAAUUAUAUUUGUGAAAUACUUACUACCACGGUACUACCUUUGAGUGAAUAUGAAUAUUUUUACCACAAGUAUGUUGUUGGCUGGAUGGACAUGACCUCACAAGUAUUUUUUGUUACAAGGGUGUACAUUUUUCAUAUUUUUUUUAUAAUAUCG